CAAUGCGGGUCUCGAAGGGCAGAUAAUCGACAGAUUUGUGAUCAUUUUUCCGUGGAUUGCGUGUCCAAAUUAUUUGGGACUUAUUUUGUCGUUCUUUGCCGAACUAUCCUGUCUAGUUUCGGCAGAAUAUUUUAAUGCACUCAAAGGAUGGAAAACAAAGGAUGACAGAGAGAUAACUUCAUCAGUUAAACCUAGAACUACAGCCCUCUGCUGUAGCAUUGUGAUAUCUACAAAUAGCAAAACCUCAGCUUAACACCGUAAACAUUUUGCCAGUGCCAUGGCAGGGAAGGGACAGAAUCCUCAUGGUCUCAAGCAGAUUGAGUUGGAUCAAAUCUGGGAUGAUCUCAAGUCAGGGAUCAAGUCUGUUUACAAACGACAGAGCAUGUCCAAGCACAGAUACAUGGAACUCUAUACGCAUGUUUAUAACUACUGCACCAGUGUCCAUGGCCAGGGGUCAGGCUCACAGACACAGUCACGGGGGCCUGGGGGCCGCAAGAUUAAACAACCCACCAGUGGGGCACAGUUUGUCGGACAUGAACUGUACAAGAGAAUCAAGGAGUUCCUCAAGAACUAUCUGGUCAACUUGUUGAAGGAUGGUCAAGACCUCCUAGACGAGCAAGUUCUGCAAUUUUAUACCAGACAGUGGGAAGAUUACCAGUUCUCCAGCAAAGUGCUUGAUGGCAUCUGUGCCUAUCUCAACCGACAUUGGGUGCGGCGAGAAUGUGAUGAGGGAACCAAGGGCAUUUAUUACAUUUAUUCUCUUGCUUUGAUCACAUGGAGAGACAACCUCUUCAAGCCUCUGAACAAACAGGUGACCAAUGCUGUCCUUAAGCUGAUUGAGAAAGAGAGAAACGGGGAAACCAUCAAUACCAGACUUGUCAGUGGUGUCAUAAACUGCUAUGUUGAGCUUGGUCUAAAUGAGGACGAACCAAGUGCUAAAGGACCUACAUUAACAGUGUACAAAGAGAACUUUGAGAACCCAUUCCUGGAAGAUACAGAGAGAUUCUACACAAGGGAGAGCACAGAGUUCCUUCGACAAAACCCUGUCACAGAAUACAUGAAAAAGGCUGAGACACGGUUGUUGGAGGAACAGAAGCGGGUGCAACUGUACCUCCAUGAGAGUACACAGGACGUGUUAGCCAGGGUGUGUGAGAAGGUCCUCAUUGAGAAACAUCUGGAAAUAUUCCAUUAUGAGUUCCAGAAUCUGUUGGAUACCGAUAAGAAUGAUGAUUUAGGUCGAAUGUACACAUUGGUAUCACGUAUACAAGAUGGAUUGGGUGAGCUGAAGUCCCUCCUCGAGACACAUAUCUACAACCAAGGACAGGCUGCUAUAGAAAGAUGUGGAGAGUCUGCAUUAAACGAUCCCAAAACUUAUGUACAGACAAUACUUGAUGUCCACAAGAAAUAUCAUGCUCUGGUCAUGACAGCUUUCCACAAUGAUGCUGGCUUUGUGGCAGCAUUAGAUAAGGCAUGUGGGCGGUUUAUCAACAACAACUCGGUGACAAAAAUGGCAAGUUCUUCAAGCAAGUCUCCGGAAUUACUGGCUCGAUACUGUGAUCUGCUCUUAAAGAAAAGCUCAAAGAACCCAGAAGAAGCUGAACUAGAAGAUACACUGAACCAAGUGAUGGUUGUGUUCAAAUACAUUGAGGACAAAGAUGUAUUCCAAAAGUUUUACAGCAAGAUGCUUGCCAAGAGAUUGGUGCAGCACAUGUCAGCAAGCGAUGAUGCAGAGGCCAGCAUGAUCUCCAAGCUGAAGCAAGCCUGUGGUUUUGAAUACACUUCAAAGUUACAGAGAAUGUUCCAAGAUAUUGGUGUCAGCAAAGAUCUCAAUGAAACAUUCAAGAGGUCCAUUCAGUCAACGGAUCCUCUGGAUGUUGACUUCAGUAUCCAAGUGUUGAGUUCAGGGUCGUGGCCAUUCCAGCAGUCGUGUAGCUUCAACCUUCCAGUGGAGUUGGAGCGAAGUUUCCAGAGAUUCACAUCAUUUUAUAGCAGUCAACACAGUGGGAGAAAACUAAACUGGUUAUACCACAUGUCUAAGGGAGAAAUUGUCACAAAUUGCUUCAAAAACAGAUACACACUGCAGGCAUCUACGUUUCAAAUGGCCGUCCUGUUACAAUACAACACAGAAGUAUCCUACAAUGUACAGCAGCUGAUGGAGAUUACACAGAUAAAGAUGGACACCUUAGUGCAAGUGUUGCAGAUCCUCCUGAAAUCCAAACUCUUGGUUGCGGAUGAUGAUGAGAACAACCUCCAAGCAUCAUCUCAUCUAGCACUCUUCCUCGGAUAUAAAAAUAAGAAACUUAGAGUGAACAUCAAUGUUCCCAUGAAGACUGAAGUGAAGGCAGAGCAAGAAUCGACACACAAACAUAUAGAGGAGGAUAGGAAACUACUCAUACAGGCUGCCAUAGUGAGAAUCAUGAAGAUGCGGAAAGUCCUAAAACACCAACACCUACUAGCAGAGGUCCUCAAUCAACUGUCCUCUCGCUUCAAGCCCAGAGUGCCUGUUAUUAAGAAAUGUAUUGACAUUCUGAUAGAAAAAGAGUACUUAGAACGAGUUGAUGGACAAAAGGACACUUACAGUUACCUUGCUUAGAACCUGUGGGUGCACCUUGCCUUGCUAGCCAUAUCUGUACAAGCCUGCUAACUGCUCGGGGGAAGGGGACUAAGGCUGCAGUAGCAUCACUUCAUCACUCAGUAAGCCUUGGAUAACACCAUGGUUUGGCUCCAUCAGGCUCUUCGACACUGUUUUUACCCCAGAUUAUUAGACUUGGCAUUUUUAAUGACAUGGUUGGAGUCAGACCAGUUGCACUCUGCUUAGAAAGAACUUACAUAUGCCAUUCUACCAUGAACAACUGCAUGGUUUCCAUACAGAAUGCUUUUAAAGGUGAUUGUGUGAACCUACUGAGGCAAGGGUUUGGAGUUAUAAACCACAUACUUCCAUGUUCUUGUUGGAAUAUUAAUGCAGACAGUGGGUUAGGCCUGUGGUAUAGAAUCUUUAAGACUAUAGGCUCACAGUUCCAAUGAAUUUCCAGCUAUUGGAUAUAAUUGAAUUGAAUGGAUUGGACCAUAAAGGAGACUUUGGGGCAAAACCUUUUUGGUAUCUUUGUAUAUGCCGGUAAAGGUUAUUGUAGAAUAUGAUUCCAUAUUUAAGAUGUUUCUUUUAGGAAAGUGCUUGACUAGAAGUGAAGGGCAAUAAAUCUUUUCUUAAUCUGAACAAGAUGGUAAUGAGAUGUUGUUUCUAACAUUAAGGAGACCAUUCCUGUAUUGCUAUUUGACUUACAUUGUGUUAUGCUCGUGUUUGUAGAUUCUUGCAAGAAGUCACUUGUUGGAUAAUCAGGCAGGUGUUAUCACUGUAAAUAGUGUUCAAAUAAGAAUUUCUUUUGAUAACUUUUCCACUUGCAGCAUAUGUAAUGCAUGUGCCUAUUUUGUAAAUAUAUUUAUUUAUUGAAUUCUGUCGUUAGUGACUUGUGUACUGUAACCAUGGUAACCAUGGUAAUGUUGGAACAAAGAUGGAAUUGUAAGCAGUAAUUAUUUCCAAGGACUGGAGUUGCGCAGCAUGCAUCCCCUCAGGGCUUAGAUUACUAUUAUAAAUAAGGAAUGAAGGGGAAUAUGUAGCAAAAAUAGCAAUACAAGAAGAAACUUUUUAAUGUCAUUGACUUUACUGUGCAGAGAAUCAGGACUUCAGCCAAUCAACUGUCCAUACCAAUACCAGAAUUCAUUAUUAUCAAAUUGAUUGCAAGGUGUUUUCUCUCUAAAAUUUUAAACAAAUCGACACGUUUGCACUCCUUGCAAACUAGAUUUUUCUGUUGAGGUGCUUUGUUCCAAAUGUGAUAAUACAAAAGAAAAAAGAAGCUAGAUUUUAUUAUUCUCUUGUACAGUGUAGAUAACAGGCUCAACCUCAUAUCACAACCCACCAAAGGAGAGAAUCGGUAAAUUUUGAACAGCCACACAAGGUUUGUUCAGCGUGUAAAUAUAUAUUGUAAAAUAUUGAUAUCUACCUCCUUCCCUUAAUCCAGAUGGAACCCAGUGAACCUGCACAUGUUUUGUUAGGACUUGUAUUUUGGAAUGAGGGAAGGAGGGUCGUAAGAUUCUAGUUGGUUCUUAUUUCAUUUUAAGACAAGUGGGUAUGGUCAUGUGACUAUACUUGCUGCCAUGGUCAUGACAUCAUCCACUGAUCCCCACAUUGUUUUUGUUCAAUGUAAUUUGUAUGUAUUGUUACGGAGGUACUGAUGGGGACUUAAGUGUGUGAUACUGCAUUUUCCAUCAUAAUUGUAAAAUUGGUACAAGUGUAGUAUAAUUUUUCACAAAUUGAAUGCACAGAUUUCUGUAAAUGCUUGUGUAUCUAAUACUGCAAUAUGGCUAUAAAAAUGUCAACUUUUAA